GUUAAGGACGAGCUCACGGUUGCAUCUUUAUUCCAGUUCAGUGUCCCGUUGGGGCAUAUUUUUCUUUCAUUUUUUGUUGCAUUUAGGCCAAACAAGGCAAAACGUUGGAGCGGUGUUAUACUUUAUUGCAAAGUUUGCUGCGGCGGCUUUAAAGACUGCAGCCCCGCCCCUGCGCACUUUCACAUGAAUGUGUGAGUGGAUGAGCACACGCAAAGUUUGGACUUGCGGCUGAGAUUUGUCCCCAACAACAACAACAACAACAGCAAGACCAACGCCGAUCCUGUCCGUGCACUUUGCUGCUUCACACGGAGUGGAUUUGUUUGUUCUUUGCGGCUCGGUUGGUGUUUUUGGUGGAUCUUCGAGUUUAGGAGGCAGGCAGUCUGCGUGAAGCUUUUUCUUUAGCGUCCAAACGUCCCAAACUUUAGCGGGGCCACAUGGACGCCCAUCGCGGCGCUCCCCCUGCCGGCCAGCAGGUGGUGCACGUACGCGGGGACUCCCAGACGGAGCUGGAGGCCUUGUUCAGCGCCGUGAUGAACCCCAGCAAGGCCGCCCAGCAGCCCGCCUCCCUUCCCAUGAGGAUGAGGAAGCUGCCCGACUCCUUCUUCAGGCAGCCCGACUCCAGGACACACUCCAGACAAGCCAGUUCAGAUGGAGGCGCGUGCGCUUCCCUCACGCCUCACCACGUCCGCGCCCAUUCGUCGCCAGCCUCGCUCCCCGUCAACAUGCCCGACGCGGCGGCCCCGCCCGUCAUACCCGACGACAUGCCCCUGCCCCAUGGCUGGGAGAUGGCCAAGACGUCCACUGGCCAGCGCUACUUUCUCAACCACUUGGACAAGACCACCACCUGGCACGACCCCCGGCUCGCUCAGCUUCAGUCGGCCGCCGCUCAGCACCCGAGCCCCGCCCCCAUCCACGCCCACUCCCUCAGCAACCCGGCGACCGCUUCCACGCCGCAAAGCAUCAAUCUGGAUGCAGCCCAGAAGAUGAACCCGGGCCUCCUCAGCCUGGCCGUGCAACAGCGCCAGGAAAAGGAGCGACUCCAACGAUGCAAGCAACAGAUGCAGCCACCCCAGGACACAGGAGGAAGGAGCCAGAUGGCAGGUGGCAUGGACCAUGACAGGAAUAAUGCACUUGUCCCUUCUGCAGAUGUCAGGAUCAGAGCGCAGACCCACGAACCGACACUCAAUGGCGCUCACUCUCGCAACGAGAGCACCGACAGCGGCCUGAGUGUCAGCAGCCUGCCGCGUACGUCCGACCACAUGCUCAGCUCUGUGGACCACAUGGACACUGGUGAUUCUGCCGAGUCGUCCUCCAUGACCUUACAGGACACGAUGCCUGCGAUGACCGAGGGUGAGGAACUCAUGCCUUGCAUCCCUGAGGGGCUGAGUUCUGAGCUCCUGAUGGACAUGGAGACGGUCCUGUCCGGGUCACACAUGGACAGGGACAGCCUGCUCACCUGGUUAUAGACCCGGCUGGAUCUAGACCCGCCUGCCUGGCCCGACCUUUCUUCAAGAACACUUUUAUGGGACCUUUAUGGAUUUUUAAAGCACACAACUACAAGCUACAAGACAUGUGAUGGAAGGCUAACCUUCACUCCCUCCCGGAGGAUUGAAAUAAUCAAUAAGCUGCUAGAAUCGCCUGCUUUUUGCAAUCUAGUUUUGAAAACUUUUUCAGGACCCUUUUUUAUCAUCCACCACCAGAUGGCGCUCCCACACCUCUGCUUCCCUUGAAACGCACAUAAAUAACAUGCAUAACAUUGAUAACAUAAUCAAUACAUCAUAUUGUUUCUCAAACACUACCAUGACACCAAAAAGCUCCUGCUGGAGAAGCACAUUUAAGAACAAGUUUAAUGUGGUAAAUGUUAACAGUGAGCCUAAAAACAGUAUUAAAAGCACUAAUAUCGAACAAGUCGCGUCCUGCAAAAGCCAGCGUAUUUAAUUUUUCCAAGCGUACUCAAAUUGAAGUGAAGGCGGAAAAGCUUUAUUUUCAUCAUUUCUGCACAUUUUAUUAGGAACAUGUCUUCAUUAUUGGGGUUUGCAUCAUACUGGGAGCUGUUUUUUAUGUUUUCGUACGCUUUUGCUAAAGCAAAAUGUCAGAAACAGCUCUCAGUGCACUUCUGCAAACCCCCCAUCAUUGUAGAUGGAUUUGAUGGAAGCUGUGUGGUUUUAAUUGUAUUGUGUUAUUGUUUGCUUUUAUUGAACCCAAAACAAGGUUGUGUGCCCUCGUAGUGUGCAGCAAUAUCAAAUAUGAAUAGAUUUGAAUUAGUUUUGUGCUGUCGCCGCAAUGCAGUUGUACGGUUCCCGACAGUAUGGUUUAGCGACGAGUAAAUUUGCGUUUUAGCUCCUCACCCGCGGGUUUGCUGUUCCUCACAUUUGAACGUGUGUGUUUUUAAGUGUUGUUUUGAAUCACGCCGAUGCAUUUUCAGUGCCAAGCGAUGCUGGGAAAAUGAAUGCUUGCUCUUUAUGGUGAAGCACAAGAGACGGAGGCAUUCAUAUCCUAAUAGUCGGCUUUGCAGACAAAUGAGGAGCAGUGAAUGAAGACGUUGCAUUGUUAGUAAAACACACUAUUUGUCGAGGCUGAGGUGUUGUUUUAUUAGUAUUAUUUUAGAUGUACUGCUCACCGACGCCCCGCUGCAACACACUACCUUCUCUCUUAUUUAUCUUAGAAUGCAUGACACUCCCUAUAUAUGGUAAAUAUGUGUAAUAAUAAUAAUAAUAAUGAGCUUUAUCACACACUUUGGAGUCUAUUUGUACCUUUUUAUGCAUGUGAUUUGUAUCCAUUUAUUUUCUCCUUACUCCCUCUGUAAUCAUUUUUGAUGCAUAAUAAUAAAAAUAAUAAAUUGAACUU